ACGUCUCAGCCGGGUUGCACCUGCCUGACUUACCUGGACAAAUUAGUCUGUGUUUAUACAGUCUGGGUCUGUAGUACAGUUUAUACCGUACGUUGUGUGGUGACGCUCUGAGAUUGGGUGUACGUGUACAGGAUACGUGAACAUAAGAAAGUGGAUGUACAUGUAUUACUUCAUAUUCAUGUGCAUAAUUGAAGUCGUCCAGUAAUACGGACUUCAAAAGGAAUUCUAUAUAUUCCGCAGGUGGUCAGAAUUCAGGAGGAUUAGGGUGUGACUUCAGCACAGGAUAGAGGACAGAUUCCAGGAUGUUGAGGGGUGUGUUAGUGAUAGCUGUCUGCCUUGUGGCCAACUGCGCUGCACAGAAAGCAGAACCUCCUAAAAUCAACAGUGGAUUUUUAAAGAAGAUAUUUUUUCGGGAUGUAACCGAUUCAAAAACAUUAGAUUGUACAGCUGAUGGAAUCCCUGCUGUAGAGUAUGAGUGGCAUCGGAAUGGUGUGAAGAUCAUUGAACAGCCCGGUUCUGUAGAAGUCAGUGGCGGGAGGCUACAGCUGUUGAGGCCCACUCUCAAUGAUGAGGGCUUUUAUCAGUGCUUCGCCAGUAAUUCGCACGGAAAAUCCAUGUCUACUGUCGUGGAAAUUCAGAAGGCUUAGUUACUCGGCUAUAAAACACUUCCGGUUGCGAAUAUUGGGACGCAUGAUGUUGGUUCUCACGUGACCUUAACCUGUCGUGACCAACCAAUGAGCGUGCCCACUGCCGUCUAUGAUUGGUUCAUUGGCAAGUCUGAAGCUAUCAUAACUGGAGGUCGAAUCGUCAUUGAUCAAGUAGGAGAUCUACAUUUCAUCAGUGUGGAAAUGGGUGAUGAGUUGGCUGGAGAAAAGACGUACAACUGCUCCCUCUACAAUGUGGUUGCUCAGCUCAGGGUCUAUGGUAGCCCCACCAAAUUUAAAGUCAACCCAGUUACACCCGCCCCAAGGGACCCAGCUGUGGUAUGGUUUACAGACAGGGAAAGCUCUGUCGCCUUACUUGGGAAAACACUCACCCUGCAAUGUAUACCUGAUGGAUACCCAUUACCCAAGAUAGAGUGGGCCAGAACAGGCGGCUCACUGCCUGUGGGGCGUCACAUUAUCAGUGACGACAAGUACACAUUGGAGAUCUCAAAUGUGACGGAGGCGGAUGAAGGAACCUACACCUGUACAGCUGUACACGGAAGCCAGAGGUCUGUUCAGAACAUCUUUGUGGAUGUGAAAUCGGAGCCUAUUUGGGUGGAGAAGCUGAAAUCUAUGAUAGUGACGACAGGAAAGACUGUUGAGUUCAAGUGUGUGGCAAGAUCGGCUGUAGGGGAGCAGGACAAUCCACUGGUACAGUGGUUCCAGAACGGCAAACCUCUAAGCGCUGGAAUAACAGGCAAAAUAGAAGUGUCUGGAACAAAACUUACUGUCAGUGGCGUCAGUAAACCAUACGAUCUCAUGAAUAUCCAGUGUAACGUGUCCAACAGCAUUGGUUAUCAGCUGGCAGAUGCUUUCCUUAACGUCAUAGACCAAACCAAACUGGAUGUGAGGCCCGAACCAAAGUAUCUCAUUGACCCUGGCAAGGUGUUGGAGGUGCAUAUUAUGGCUGUCGCCGACCCUCUCUAUCACAGGCUUCUUACCUACAGAUGGUCUACGGUGAAGGAUGGUCAGGCAGUUAGUAAAAACCCUGCUGAUCCUGUCUACGUGGAUGUGUCAAACACACUGAUCAUCAACGCAACGCGGUUGGAUCGAGAUCAGGCCUUCCUGGAUAUCCUGGGCAAUUACAGCUGUCUGGUGUCGAUGGGGCUGGAGAAAGGCGAAGGCGAUGUGGUAGUCUAUACCCACAUCUCGUCUGAUGAGGAAGAAGCAAUCAUAGCCGAGGCUGCCAUGGAGCUGUGGUGGAUCGCUAUCGUCAUUGCUGUUAUUGUGCUUAUCCUCAUUAUCAUACUCAUCUGCUGCUUGCUCUACCGGAACCGUGGCGGAACCUACCCUGUGGAUGAGAAGGAACGUAGGGCAGGUCACGAUCCCGAGAAAGAGCUAGCUGACAGUGGCUUCCAGGAUCUGUCCAGGGCUGAUGCCCCCGACGAGAAAAAGCCUUACGGAAACCCGGAUCAGGUAUCUCUUACCAAUGACCCACCACUAGGGGGCGACACUGACAGUCUGGAUGAGUAUGGGGAACCCGACUCUAGCAAGUUCAACGAAGACGGUUCUUUUAUUGGCAACUAUGGCGGGCGGAAAGGACGGGAUAUGAACCAGUCGACAGUGUAAUAUCCGCCCUUGACCUUGCUCAAUACUUCUCUGGAAGCUGCCUUAAUAUUCUCAAACAGCUGUAACCUGUUUUUUGGAAGAAUGACGAGCAUUUUUGCUCCAGGGGUUUGGUUUCUCUGUUCUGUGUUUUUUUUUUUUUUUUUUCUUGCGAUGAGUGUGUUGUGGAUUGAAAAAAAUUUGCUUUGUCAAAGUACUGACAUGUUUAGGAUAAUUAAAGAAAUGAGUGGGUUUUCACAGUUGUUCAAAACCAAAUGUUUUUGAAGGAAAACAUGAGUGGAUAUGGAUGUUCAGGUGGGCUUGUGUGUAAAUCCAAGAUAAACCCACAGGUAGAUAGAACAUCAUCACUAGCAGUUGUAUAUUACACCAGAAUUUUGAUCCUAAGAUGAUAUACUGUAUUUCAAAUCAUUCACGUACAAUGUGCGAUAUUUGUAAGAGAGUUGUGGCAAAACCAAAUUCCUUUACAUCUGCUCGUCACAAUGUUGGUGAUUGUAUCAAGUGAGAUUUUUACAUUGUGUGUGACAAGUGAGAACAGUUUUUAUCCAUGCAUGUAGAUCAUACAUAUUCAUGAGAACUGGUAAGAAGUUUAGAGCUCAUCACGUCAUUUUGUCUGUAUCCUAAGGCUAUGCAGUUUUCUCAACCAGACCCACAGCUAGUUUUCAUCAAGUGUCCAGAAAAAACAUUUAACUAAUGAAUUGUUUAAGCAUUUAUUUUGUUCAUUCAUGCAUUUGGAGAUAUAUGGUAGUGAAGAAGAAAAGUUUAGAUUACAUGUACAAAUAUGUGUAACUUUGAAUGGUUCAUGUUAAAUCUCAAACCUUGUCUGAAGACUAUCUUUGUGAGCUAUGGGAUGAUAAAGUCUGAUCUUUUAAUGUCUGUGGAUGAUGUUUGGACAGACAAAAUGAAUGAUGUUUUGUGUAAUUCCAUAGCUCUCAGUAUCUGCUCAUAUACACAUAAACAUCUCACAUUGGUGAGUGACGUUUUUUUCACCUGUUCUGAGGAAUGUUAAUAUUCAAUGCAAAAGGGAGAGAACUCUUGAUGAUAAUGAUAAAUUGAAUGCCUUGUCUUUAAACAAUGUCACAUUGUUGCUCGAAUCAUUCCACACUUAACUUGUGUUGUCAUAAAUACUGUAUCUUCAGAUAGCAUAAAUAUGCUUUUCUUCACAAAUGGACGAGCCAUAUGUGCUUCUGAUUGAGAACAUAAGCUUUAAUCAUUCACAUUAUGGGGAUUUCCCCCAAUACCUGUAAACGUUCAAAACCCCAAAUGGCCAAUACCUAUAAAACCCCAAAUGGCCAAUAGCUAUAAACGUUCAAAACCCCAAAUGGCCAAUACCUAUAAACGUUUUAAACCCGAAAUGGCCAAGCAAUAAAUUCAUUAUGCUGUAUGCAGAAAAAACAACUCUCACUAAAUGAGAAUGGAUUUUGUACCCCAGUGAAGGUGACUACUGUCCUCAAAGUGAGUGGCAACCACUCUUGAAACUGACUACGGCGUUAAGGACUAAUGAAAUUGAUAAAUGCACAAGUUUUUUUCAUGCAUGAAUAAGGUGCGUGCGUGUAGGGAAAUGACUGGAUUGUCCUCCCCUGCAUUCAUUUAUUAAUCACAAAUACUGUAAAACUCCUCAGGUUUUCAGCCGUCUACAAGGUCAGUCCAGCAUUGACCUACCCUGUCUUUUUCUACAUUCCUGAUAAACAGUAGGCCUUUAGUGUCUUUUUUUUUUUUUUUUUAAUUAUUGCAUUCUCUAAAGAAAAGUCAUUUGAUAUGCUGCUGCAGAACUUACCCUGGCAGCAUCUGAGAUGUGGCGAGAUGUGAUCUCUGGAAUCUGUCGGGGAGGAAGCUGGCUCUUCCAACAGCUAACCUGGUCUGGUACGUGGCACAUCAUCGAAUAUUGUACCCCCAGACUUGUAUUAGGUUGUGGGCACAGGUAUGGGUUUCCAAGGGAUCCUGUACAUAUGGCCACCAGUUUGAAAGUUUUGCUAACUCUUGAGGAGCUUCUCUUUUCAAUCUCAGCUGGAUAGAGAGUCUCGAGUAUUGUAAACCAAUCAAGGUUAUCUGUAAAUUCCUUGAUAAUUUUCUGACCAUUGUUCACUUCUGCUCAUCAUAUGUACAUUUCUCCAUGAAUUACCAUCUCCAACCCCUCUGAAUGUGGAUCGUACAUUUGAUGUGGCAAUGUGUCUGUCCACAUCUAAACGAUUUGAUGCUUCAGAAUACAAGGACUAAAUGUAACUACCACAAAUUUCAUACUGUGGUAUUUUCUACUUUGUUAUGUUUUUUUUUUUUCAUUUUUUUUUCACUUUUUCAUUUUCCCAUGAAUUUGAGGAUGUUUAACUCUCUGUGUUUCAAUAUAUUUUUUUUUACAUUUCUUUUAACUAUUCAUUCCAUGUUGAUUGUCUUUUUUUAUGAAUAAUUACACUUGUCAUAAUGAAUUGGAGCAGUUGCUACGUUAGUGACAGCUUGUGGUCUCUUUAUGUUGCGCUGUGCUUUUUUUUGUCCCGUAGCAGUAAGC